GCAAGACUGACUCGACGCCGUCACGGAGGGAACUUCACUGUGAAAAGUACACAGACAUUAUCAACUCUAGACCUGCAACCGAAAGUCCAAUGGUCAGUGUUUGCGUCGAGAUUCCUGCUGCGCGAGGCACCCAGACUGCACACGGGCUUGGAGGGCUGCCGACUGGGGUUGAAGCACCCGAGCACGGCCGUAUUGACACAUUAAAAGAAGAAAAAAAGUUCAGGCCGGUGGUAUCGCAGUCAUGUCCGGACAACCUAGAUUCGUGAGUCCGUUUUUCAGACCCCAGUGUCUGGCUGCUGCGGCUCCAGCGGCGGGGAAAGCCAAACUCACGCACCCGGGGAAGGCUAUCCUGGCAGGUGGAAUAGCAGGAGGCAUAGAGAUCUGCAUCACCUUCCCCACAGAGUACGUUAAAACACAGCUGCAGCUUGACGAGAAGGCAAAUCCUCCCAAAUACAAAGGCAUUGCUGACUGUGUGAAGCAGACAGUGAACGGUCAUGGCGUGAGGGGUCUCUACAGAGGUCUUAGCUCACUGCUUUAUGGCUCUAUACCUAAAGCAGCUGUCAGAUUUGGGGUGUUUGAGUUCCUCAGUAAUAAGAUGCGAGAUGAAAGUGGAAGACUAGACAGUACUCGAGGAUUACUCUGUGGCCUUGGGGCUGGAGUUGCAGAGGCUGUGCUCAUAGUCUGUCCUAUGGAGACAGUUAAGGUCAAAUUCAUACAUGAUCAGACAUCAGCAAAUCCAAAGUACAAGGGAUUUUUCCAUGGCGUGAGGGAGAUUAUUAGAGUCGAAGGACUGAAGGGGACGUACCAAGGCCUAACAGCCACCGUGUUGAAACAAGGCUCCAACCAGGCCAUCCGCUUCUACGUCAUGACUUCCCUGAGGAACUGGUACAAAGGCGAUGACCCCAACAAAGCUAUUAACCCUCUGAUAACUGGGGUGUUUGGAGCUGUUGCUGGUGCUGCCAGCGUGUUUGGAAACACUCCUCUGGAUGUCGUUAAGACCAGAAUGCAGGGUCUUGAAGCUCACAAGUACAAAAGCACAUUGGACUGUGCUAUGAAGAUCAUGAAGCAUGAGGGACCAAAAGCGUUCUACAAAGGUACUGUGCCCCGGCUGGGUCGGGUGUGCAUGGACGUGGCCAUAGUCUUCAUUAUCUACGAGGAAGUGGUGAAGGUCCUGAACAUUGUUUGGAAGACGGACUGAAAUGGACCCGUCCCGGUGUUACGCAACAAGCGGGAGCAUUAGGACAGACCAUUCACAUUAUUAACCAGGCCAAGUCCUUAAACCGUGUUUCUAGGUUCUAAUAUCUACCUCUUAGUGAUUCUCAGAGUGAACGAUAGGGAUUGGUAUGUUCUUAUAACACGAUUACUACACAUGGAAGCAUUAUCUGCAUUGAAAAAAGUUUGAGAUUGCAUAGACAAUGCUUCCACUUCCCUUUUUAUCUUAAAUUCCAGAAUGGGGAAGUUCAAUAAGAGCUCAGGGAAGGGAACGGGGCAUUUAUUUAGAUCUACUGUCCGCACCGACAGCUACAGUACUUUUAAGUUUACUUAAAUUAAUGCUGUAGGUACUUAAUCAAAGAGAAACCAAUACCCACCCCAACACAAUGUGAUUUUAGACACUGUAGACACAGAAAUGAUACUUGAAUUGAGAGAUUAUAUCCAGAGAUCAAAACAUUUGAAAGUCCUCUUUAUAUGCAAGUCGUUUCAACAGCGAUAUUUCAUUCAGUACCUGAUGAAAUAUUUAUAUCCCAAUGCCACAUGCUGCAGAGGCAACAGGUACAUUAAGAACUGAAUGCCUUAAAUCACAAUUGUCACAGUAAUCAAGAUUGUAGGAUCCAUAAAGAGAUGCAGUUUACCGGUAUGUUUUAAGUAUGUUGCAUCUGUACAGAACUUUCAGAAAUGCACUAAACAGUAGUUAAGGUGAAAAGAAGGUUCACUUUUAAGUUGUAGACAGGUUUUAAAUCCAUUAACAUACUAGACUAAUACUAUAAAAAGUGCCUAGGUAUUCAUGUUGAGAUCUUGUUGAGAUAAAGAAUGAUUGAAUGUUGUAUGUACUUUAGUCACCAUGGAUUUUAUCAAUAAUUUACUCAGUUGUGGUGGUGCCAGAUGUUUAAUUCCAGGCAGUUUCUGAGACGUUCAUAUCUUUUAAACUUACCGUAACUGUUGAUGAAUGUUUGCUUUUACAUUUAAAUUUGAGAAGUGCCAUUCCUAGUGCCUUCCAUCUCAUUCCAGGGAGGGUGAGUGCUUUAGGAUGUCUUUUAUUGCAGAUUCUUUUAUUUUUAACUACAUUAAUUGCCUUUUACUUUUUACACACAUACUGAUGACCCAAUGUGCCAACUGCUGCUUAAUGAAAAAGAAAUAUAUAAAUAUAUAUAUAUAUAUAAAGCCAUGGUAUAGAUUGGAGUUUGAGUUUGGAGUAUGGCAUGUUUACAUGCAAUGCAAUUAAGUGUUUUUCCAAAUGUUAUGCUUUUUCAGCUUCAGCUUGCAUACAUGUAGUCUCUCUGUCACAGCUAUUUAAAUAGCUGUUUUCAAGAAGAAAAAAACAAACAUGAACAACUCCAGUAGUUAAAACCAAGUCUUGUGCCUUUUAGUCUAAUUAAUUCUAACAUGGAUGCUCACAAAUAAACAUUGGAUCCGAUUGUU